CUUGCAGAGAAAUGAGUCCAGUGUGGUUAAAAGUUCAAGUUAGUUUAAUUUUUGCUGUAAUUUUGUUUAUAUCAAGUGUUAAUUCUCAGCUUCAAGUGGGGUUUUACAAAAGUUCAUGUAGCUUUGCUGAGUUUAUUGUUAAAGAUGAAGUCAGAAAAGCAGUCUCUAGGGAUAAAGGAGUGGCUGCUGGUCUUGUGAGAAUGCAUUUUCAUGACUGCUUUGUUAGGGGUUGUGAUGCUUCUGUGCUCUUGGAUUCUACUCCCUCAAACGUAGCAGAGAAAGACUCCGUCGUCAAUAACCCUAGUCUACGAGGAUUCGACGUUAUUGAUAAUGCCAAGGCAAGACUGGAAGCUCAAUGUAAAGGAGUUGUUUCUUGUGCGGAUAUAGUUGCGUUUGCUGCAAGGGACAGUGUGGAGAUGGCUGGAGGGUUUAGCUAUGAUGUUCCUGCAGGAAGAAGAGAUGGCAGAGUUUCUCUUGCUUCCGAGACAUUAACCAAUCUACCUUCACCUUCCUUCAACGUAAAUCAACUCACUCAAAACUUUGCCAAAAAGGGCUUCACACAGGAAGAAAUGGUUACACUCUCAGGAGCACACACUAUCGGACGCUCUCACUGCUCUUCAUUCAGCAACAGAUUAUACAAUUUCAAUGGAACAAAUAGUGAGGACCCAAGUUUGAACUCCAUGUACGCAGCUCAGUUGAAGAGACAGUGUCCACAAGGAAGCACAGAUCCUAAUCUGGUUGUUCCAAUGAACCCUUCGAGUCCGAACGACAUGGAUUCCGGGUACUAUGUUGAUAUUCUAAACAACCGAGGCUUGUUCACAUCGGACCAAGCUUUGCUCACGAAUCCAGCAACAGCCCAGCAAGUGAAUCAAAAUGCCAUGAGCCCUUUCCUUUGGAAGAAAAAACUUGCAGCUGCAAUGGUGAAAAUGGGCAAAGUUGAUGUUUUAACAGGGAAUGCUGGAGAAAUUCGAGCAAACUGUAGGGUUGUCAAUUAAUUAAC